GAGGAGCGUGGUCUCCUCCUCUUAUGCUGUUGAUUGAAUCUAACUGAGACUGCCUCUUCUGCCUGUUGAUAUAUUGCUGGGCCACCUCAAAGUAGCUUUUGUGGCUUUGCGCCUGAAAGCUUUUCCACCUCCCAGCGUUCUUCAUUGCUCUGGCUCAGCUUGUUUGGUUGUUGUGGGUAACGCUGUUACCGGGGACGAUGUCUGAACACAUUCGGCUCUCCAUAGCACUGUGCAGGAUUGGCUUUUACACGUGUCUUCGAACACUGUGCUGUAAAGGUCCUCCCACUCCUAGACCAGAGUAUGAUGUGGUGUGCAUUGGACUCAGUGGUGCUGGUAAAACUGCUCUGCUUUCUCGGCUCUGCAGCGAAGGCAUUGAUGGCAUUGUGCCAACCACAGGUUUCAGCAUAAAGGCAGUGCCUUUCCCAAAUGCAGUGCUUAAUGUGAAAGAACUUGGAGCAGGUGGGUGCCAGGGUGCCAGUAAUGGUGGAGAUGACUGGAGGUUAUGCACGUAUUUAUUCCAAUGGUCACACGGGAACGUCCAGAGGUCAGACAAUAUCAAGAAGUAUUGGAGCCGCUAUUACCAGGGCUCCCAGGGGGUGGUAUUUGUUCUUGACAGCACUGUUUCAGACGAGGAGAUGGAGGCCUGCCGUUCCGAGCUCCAUUUGGCCCUGCAGCACCCUCAGCUCUGCACGCUCCCCUUCCUCAUCCUUGCCAAUCAUCAGGACUCACCAACUGCCCGCGCUGUCCCGGAGAUAAAAAAGUACUUUGAACUGGAGCCACUGGCAAGAGGGAAGCGAUGGAUCCUUGAGGGCAGCACGAUAAACAACAUGGAGGCGGUGAGGGAAAGCUUCAGUCAGCUCAUCAGGCUUUUGGAAGAGAAGGAGCUACGACCUGGCAGGAUAUGAUUCAGUCUUACUUCAAAGAUUCAGAGUAAAAAUGAUUGUCCAGCUAGACAAAACGAAAAUUCUUGAUGUGUCUGUGGGGGAGUGUUGUUUGACUGGAGGAGUUUGCAGGACUUGUUUAUUUUUUACCUCUCCCUCAAAGGUUGUUUUUAUAUCACUGAAGAGGAGAAAUGGACAUCAACUCUAAACAACAGCCACAUGCAGAUGGAGUCAUCCUGAAUUUUAGGUCAGCUUUCAACUUUUAGUAGCACAUGAACCAAAGUUUUUUUGAAAGGAACUUUUUUUUACCUGAAAAACGUGCCAUUUGUAAAAAGUGAAGUGUUGAAUUUUUACUUUGUAAUUAACAUAGUAAAAAGUUUCUAUUGAGUACGUAUGUGUAGUGCAAAGCAUCAUGACAUCAUUUGUAUGCAUCACUUCAGCCACUUUUUUUUAUCUUUUCCUUUAUUUAAAGUCUUCAGAUCAGAUCUUCUGGCUAGUGAAAUGAGGAAAUUAUAAGAAGUUCAAUACUAUAUGAGAACAUAGCCAAAAGGAAAGUAUUUCAUUCAUUUGUAACUGUUUUAAUGUGUGUAUUUUUUCUGUAUUACAGUAUGCACAAUGUAAUCUUUCAUUCAUUUGGUAGAUCAAUACAUAAAUUUGUAGAUGCAAAAUGCUGACAUACAAGCAUGCAUUGCUAUACUGUUCUCUUAGUGGACUGCAUAUAGGCUUCUUGAGUUACACUGUUAAUUUUGUUGUUUCAAAAGGCGACACACCCUUUUACUAGGGAACGCCAGCCUGUUUCAGGUUUGGGCUGGAAUACAAACUAUCAAUCAGUGGCCACAACAGCUGCAUUUGACAAGUCCCUGUCCACUAGUCUAAUGCUUUCCAAGUGUGUACGGAGACCCCUCCCCGUCUGCCACCUCGUUUCCUGGCCCGCCACUCUCCGCGCCCUCACCCAAUGCUUCUCGGCCGUAUUAUCCAGAUUCCUCCCUGCAAAUUUAGAUUCCUGCCUCCGUACCUCUGCGAUGUGUGAUAUUUUAUGUCUCACAGGUGUCUUGCAGGACCCCUUUAUAGACUUGUGUCAGAGCUGUUGAGACCUGUAUAUCUUCAUUUGAGUACAGGCAUGCUGGGUAGGAUAUUAUCAGCUUUCCUUUAUAUUGUCCUUGUCAGUUUUUCUUGAUAAUUUUAUUUUGAAAAGCACAUUACUAUUGGUGUUAUUCUGCUGACAUAUUUUUCUACACAGCACUGUACAAAAGUCCCCACCACCCCUCCAUUAUUUAAUUUCCAGUC